AUAUCCGGUACUGCCACUUCAUUACUAUGAGCAAGUCAUGAGUGACUUGUGUCACCCAGACCAGCCAUUACUGUGAGGGCUGUGUGUGCAAUGCAGGGAGGCAGAUACAAAUCACACCCUAAAAAUGCGUGUAUAUAUUAUAUUUAAAGCAGGAUUUUCUGUUGCCUUCCUAACACCAGAGCCUUUGUAGAGGUCUUGGCAUGUCAGGCUGUUUUCUCCAUGCCUCUGGGUUAGAAAAAGAUUCUUUUUCAUGUGAUAUCUGUGUCCCUGGGCUCAAUGAGCCUGGGGUGCCAACUGGCACUGCUGCCAGUGCAUGUUUGGGAGCAGUGGGGGUGUGGCACUGUGAGGAGAGCAUAGUUUGGAUAGGCAGGUCCUUGGUGUGUCCAUCAGUGCCACUGUCCCCACGGUCCCCCAGGGUCACCGUGGUGAGUGAUGCUAGGAGGGGAGCACAGGCGGGAUGCAGUUACACUGGGACUCCCUGAAGAGCACCGGGACUGGGGUGGGAAUGGCAGAGACACGCCGGGACACACCGGGAGCCCCCAGGGCAAUGCCGAGGGAGGGCCAGGGGAGCACGGUGGGUGCGAGCCUCCCUGGGAAGGGCACGGGGAACACCGGGGCUCCGCUGUGCUUCCAGGGCUCUGGCCGGAGGGGCCGGGGUGCCCCGGUACACACCGGGAGCUCCCCGCCGCUCCCGGUGCGGGCAGGGCAGCCCCGCCUCCGCCGCCCGCCGGGGGUUUCACGGGUUUCCGUGGUAACGAGUGCGGGGCGGAGCUCGGCGCUUCCGUUACCGAAGUGCCCGGGAAGGCGGGGACGGGCCGGGGCUGCUGCCGGGUGCUCCGCUGCUGCCGCCGCCCCGCGCCCGAGGUGCUGCUGUCCUCGGGACCCCCGUGCCAUGAUCACAUCCCGCACCGCCUGGGAUCUGGGACCCGGGCCCUCCGCCGCAGCCGCCUGGAAGACGAAGGACCUUGCCCCGGCCGGCCGUGGGCAGGACAGGCUCAGCACUGGGAGCGGAGCAGGCGCCUCUCCCCGGGCUCCUCUGCUGCCAGCACUGCUGCACCACAAAAUCCUCAGCGUGAGCUGGCUGGACACUGCAAACCCCCGUGGGCUCUGCCGGGCUCUCCAGGCGCUGCGGGACGCGAGGUGCAAGCGGCGGGAGGAGCCGCGGCCCCGCGCCCCGGCCCCGGCCACGGAGGAGCCGCCCGCAGCCCCCCGGGAGCCAGCGGCCGCCACAGCCCUGCCGGCAGCCCCCACCAUGAACCUGGAGAAAGCAGGAGGGAGGCUCUGCAGUGGAAAACGUGCCAGCCUGCCCGCGGCCCGGCCCUUCCCCGUCAUCCAGGAGGUGAUGGCCUCCAUGGCACACCUGCAGAAGGAGAAGCUGCGGCUGCAGGAGGAGCUGCUGGAGCUGCAGGAGAAACUCGCUGCCCAGGAGAACAAUGAGCUCUCCCUCUCCUUCCAGCUGCAAGGCCAGGUGGAAACUCUGAAGGCAAAGCUCCUGGAGCAGGCUCAGGAGAUCAGCCGGCUGCGCUCGGAGCUGGGCGGCACGGAUGCGGAGAAGCACCGGGACCUGCUGGCGGCCGAGAACGAGCGCCUGCGGCAGGAGAUGAAAGCGUGCGAGGGGGAGCUGCGGGAGCUGCAGCGGCAGCAGCAGCAGGCACCGUGCCGGGACUGCCCCCACCUGCAGGAGAACGCUGAGCUGCAGGAGCAGCUGUCCCAGCUGCAGCGGGAGGCAGAGGAGGCGCGGGCCAAGCUGGUGGAGCUGGACCUGGAGGUGCAGCAGAAGACAAACCGCUUGGCUGAGGUGGAGCUGCGGCUCAAGGACUCCCUGGCUGAGAGAGCCGAGGAGGAGGAGCGGCUCAGCCGGCGGCUGCGGGACAGCCAGGAGACCAUCGCCAGCCUCAAGUCUCAGCCCCAGCAGAUAAAGUACAUCAUCAAGACGGUGGAGGUGGAGUCAGCCAAGGCAAAACAAGCCCUGUGCGAGACCCAGUCCCGAAACCAGUACCUGCUGGAGCAGGUGGGGAUGCAGAAGCAGGUGCUGAAGGAGAUGGAGCAGCAGCUGCAGAGCUCCCAGAAGACAGAGGCUCAGCUCCGGGCUCAGAUCAUGAUGUAUGAGGCUGAGCUGGAGCGAGCCCAUGGGCAGAUGCUGGAGGAGAUGCAGGCGAUGGAGGAGGAGAAGAACCGCGCCAUUGAAGAGGCAUUUUCCCGCGCCCAGGUGGAGAUGAAGGCAGUGCAUGAGAACCUGGCAGGUGUCCGGACCAACCUGCUGACGCUGCAGCCGGCGCUGCGCACGCUCACCCACGACUACAACAGCCUGAAGCGUCAGGUCCGCGACUUCCCCCUGCUGCUCCAGGAGACCCUGCGCAGCGCCAGGGCUGAGAUCAGCCAGGCCAUCGAGGAGGUGCACAGCACCAACCGGGAGCUGCUGCGCAAGUACCGGCGGGAGCUGCAGCUCCGCAAGAAGUGCCACAACGAGCUGGUGCGGCUCAAAGGAAACAUCCGUGUUUUUGGGCGAGUCCGCCCCAUCACAAAAGAAGAUGGGGAGGGCCCCGAGGCAGCCAAUGCUGUGACCUUCGAUGCUGACGAUGACGCUGUCCUGCACCUCCUGCACAAAGGGAAGCAGGUCUCCUUUGAGCUGGAUAAGGUCUUCCCCCCACAAGCAUCCCAGGAGGAGGUGUUUCAGGAGGUUCAAGCCCUGGUCACCUCCUGCAUUGAUGGCUACAAUGUCUGCAUCUUCGCCUAUGGGCAGACAGGGGCAGGAAAAACCUACACGAUGGAGGGGACAGCAGCAAACCCAGGGAUCAACCAGCGGGCCCUGCAGCUCCUCUUCUCCGAGGUGCGGGGCAAAGCGGCCGACUGGGACUACACCAUCACUGUCAGCGCUGCAGAGAUCUACAACGAGGCACUCAGGGACUUGCUGGGGAAGGAGCCGCAGGAGAAGCUGGAGAUCAAGCUGUGCCCUGACGGCAGCGGGCAGCUCUACGUGCCCGGGCUCACCGAGUUCAGGGUGCAGAGCGUGGAAGACAUCAACAAGGUCUUCGAGUUUGGCCACAUCAAGCGGGUGACAGAGUGCACCAACCUGAACGAGCACAGCUCUCGCUCCCACGCCCUCCUCAUCGUCACCGUCCGCGGCCUCGACCGCAGCACGGGGCUCCGCACCACAGGGAAGCUGAACCUGGUGGACCUGGCGGGCUCGGAGCGGGUCGGGCGCUCGGGCGCCGAGGGCAGCCGGCUCCGCGAGGCGCAGCACAUCAACAAGUCCCUGUCGGCCCUGGGCGACGUCAUCUACGCCCUGCGCUCCCGGCAGGGCCACGUGCCCUUCCGCAACUCCAAGCUGACCUACCUGCUGCAGGACUCGCUCAGCGGCGACAGCAAGACCCUGAUGAUGGUGCAGGUGUCCCCUGCUGAGAAGAACACCAGCGAGACGCUGUGCUCCCUGAAGUUUGCUGAGCGGGUUCGCUCUGUGGAGCUGGGUCCUGUCUCCCGCAAGGCUGAGCUGGGCUCCUGGACCAGCCAGGAGCACCUGGAGGGUGACUCGCCGGGUUCCACAGCACCACCUGGCCGGGCCCACACAUCCCCCAGCCCGGGGCAGCUCUCCAGUCGCUCUGCCUCCAUCCGCAGGAAGCUCCACACCUCAGGGAAGCUGAGGCCAGUCCCCCUGUGAGGAGUGCCAGCCACGGCAUCAAAUCCACUGCAGGACCCAGCCCCUCACAGUGACACAGAGAUGGCUGCUGGAAGACAUGAAGGCUUUGGUGCCAGUCCCUUAGGCCACCAGGACCCAUGACCAGAGGGUGAUGGCACCUCUCACCAUGAGCAGCAUGAGGUUAAGGGUCUCCCAGCAGCCAGCCCCCGCCUCAGGGUGGGGGACAGUGGUGCUGGGCAGAGAUCUGCCCCCUUGGAUGCUCAGUUCUGUGAGUUUAUUUUUGCUGGACAGAUGUUUUUACCCAGAGCAGGGAGCUGCUGGGAGCUGCUCUCUCCAGCUUUGCUUUGACAAUAAGAUCUGGCUGGAAGGGGUGCACAGAGCCAGACCAGCCCCUGGCCCUGCCUUUGCUACUGCCACAGAGCCAGCCUGGCCACAGCUCCUGCAAGACUGUGUUUGGACAGCUGCCCCAUGUCUUUCAGAGCAGCACUUCCUCCACGUUAA